AUGAGUAAUCCUGCAUCUUCAUCUGCCAGCUCGAAAUGUAAAUCAGCCGAGAACACUGAUGAUGACAGAACCCUAGCAGAAGAUGACCAGAUAGAUCAAAAUUCCGGCUCAAUGGAUCACCGUUUUGAGCGAGUCACAGUCACUUUGGAGAAGGUCGUUGGGAAAAAGUUCGGACUCGGAAUCGUUUCGGUCCACCAACGUAUUCUCGUAUGCAAGGUGGAGAACGACUCCCUGGUGAGCGGUGUUCUCAGAUACGGUGAUCAGAUAAUGGAAAUUAACAAGAAAGAGGUGUUGAACAAAAUCGACUGCAAGAAGCGAUUGAUGUCUUGUCUCAAAGACAAGGGACAUGUAGAAAUAUUGCUGAUGCGUCCAAAGACGCCGGAUGCAGUAAAGAUGAUUGAACAAGAAAUUCAGUUGUCUCAACAGCCAAGCAGUACUGUACAAUCGAAACAAUAG